CUUUAAAACCCACUCCUAAGCUAACAACCAGUACCUGUUCCUGGUUGCAUAUAUCACUGUAUAGUGUGCUACAGUGAUCAUCGACAUGUCCUCAACAUUUCUCCUGCGCCGAUUCCCGGCAUCUAUAUCAUCCGCGUCGUCCACUCGAAUUGUCGCAUUAUGCAACAACACCAGUCUCAACCGACUCCAGCCCUCACAUCAUCCUAAUCUCCAGAAUGCCUCUCCACUAACACCUGUCCGACCAUUCUCGCAAACACUUCGCACAUAUUCCUCGCCUUUCCGCCUAUCCUCGAUCAACAACACAGCCACCACGCAAGAUGACCACCCUCCAUCUCCCGAAGAAUACCCCAACGGCGAACCCAUGCCCUAUUACAGUCCUUAUAAGCCUAAGCGCCAAUGGCCCCCGGACAUGUCCAAGUUGUCACCGAAACACCAGUUCCGACUCGAGCGCAAAUAUCGUCGGCGUGCGGCACUUAAGUUCGCUCGACCGAAGUGGGUGAAGGCAACAAAGUUGGUUCAGUGGGGUGUGAUCGGGUUCGUUAUUGUGUAUGCCGCGCUUUUUAUGGAGUGGGAUGAGAGGGGAAGCCCGUUUGAUGAGUUUCGAAGGGUUUUCUUUGCUGGUGUCAAGGGGGCAUUUUCUACCCCUCCACCUCCAGGACCGGUCAAGAGGUCGGAUGAUAACUGAGUGGCUGAGCAAGCCAGGUGUAGGCAUUGUUCUACUGGGCUCAGGCUCAAGACGCCCUGUGAGGGUCGGUAACCCACACAGUGAGGUGUAGUACAGCAGGAAGGGCGUGGGAAUCUCCCUGGACUUGCUUUCUUUCUAUUGUGACAUAUUGUAUAUUACUCUACCAUACUUAGAGACGGUUUGAUAAACAAAUCUAG